GAAACGAACGGCAACGCGAUAUAAUUUAUUAAAAUCAUGAAAUACAUUUACGGUUUUCUUUUCUUGGUGCUCUUAGGCGCUGCAAGUGUGAAUUGCAAUCCUGUUGCGGCUUUGGCACAAGCCAACUUGCAAAAAUCGCUCUCUGAUUACUUAGUGCAACCAAGUGUAUUUGCCAAUACUGAUCCCGCUCUCUCAGCAGCAUGUUUCAACAAAUACUUACCAAUCUUGUCGGAAAUUGCUAACACCUAUUCCGUACAGUACCAGGCUUGCGUUACAACAGCUGAACAACGUACAUUAAAUCUGACAAAUCAGGCCGCAGCUAGCAAGACAACAUUCUCUCAAGAGACUCAAGCUAUUUGUACCGCCUUCCAGGUUUGCGAUAACGACACAGAUAUACUUGAUUCAUUCAAUUGCUAUGCAUCUGCGUCCAAGGCUGAUGUAUCACAAAUGUAUGAUAUCUCAAGCAAUGCUGCUAUUGCUGCCAAUACCUUGAACCAAGGUUUGGAAGAGAUUCAAAAUGAAGAAAGUCAAUGCACGAACGCUACUCAACGUACAUAUGUUUCCGACACUGCAUCGACAUAUGAUCUCCUAGAUUAUUGCUUACAAUAUGGCCUUACAACCGACGAUACAACAGUUGGCACAACGGUUGAAACAACUGAUGACACCACUGAGGAACCAAGCACAACUGUCGCCGCCUCAAGCAUUGUUGCAGUCUCUAGCACUGCGCCAACUGUAGCUGCAGCCGUCAAUGACUUUGUUGUUAAAACCGGCUCACAAAGUCAGAGUCAAUCUGGUUCCGGCACUCAAAGUCAAUCACAGUGCAGUGGCGCAGAUUGUCAUGAAUUUAAACCAUUCAAACCACUCUUCCACAUGCCAGCAUUUGCACCGUUUAAUUAAAUUGAAAGCAACAUAAAUAUAUUUUGAAUUCCCUUCACAUUUUCGGACUUGUAAAUUAUUUGAAAUUAUCCGCCGUCAAAAUUUAAAUAGAUUAAAUUUUUAAAAUAAAAUCAGAUCCAAUACGAACAAAAUUCAAAA